UAGCGAUCAUGCUGACAGUAUCUGAUGUAUGUACGUGGACAGUGAAGCAUUGUAUCGCUUCCCACAUGGAAUAGGAGUAUUCCUGCUUAUAGUUCUCUGGUACGUCUAUAGUUCUUGUAAGUCUUCGCACAUCUAACUUCUAUAGCUAUAUAGAUACUCGAUAUGGAGCCAGAUGUCGAGGCGACUCGUUUCCUAGAGUACUUCCUGAUUGGCGGUGUUGAUGUUACACACGGGCUCACUCCCGAGGAUGAAAAAAUAUGUGGUGAAGACCGAGAUGACAAAGGGGAUACGUAUAGUUUGCCGCCGCGGAGACAUUCGGUCAUCUCAUACAAUAGCUUACAUAUGAAAGAGAAUGGGCGGAAAAGCAGUAUCAAGGACACCCCCAAUGAAAACAAGAAUGUGUUAGAAAGUAGUAGUGCGAGAAAGCAAGCGAGUGAGAAUGGUGAUGGAGGCGGCCUAGAUGUUCCCAAGGUUACGAAGUUGCCUCCAUUGGAUUUGACUUACAAUUCAGAGGGAUUGUUUAGAUAUCCCGUGGAAGACUAUGCAGCGACACCACUGAUACCUUCAAGGGUACUGUCGUUCUGUUUUCCGGAAGGUGUUAUGAUCUCGAAGGAGUAUAAACAGCCUAAAUUCCAUUCCUUUGUGAUCACCACCGAAACAGGGUAUGUAUAUGUCUACGAUCGCGUUCAUAUGCUUGUCUUUACAUGUUCAAUAACGGACCAGCAACUAGCGUGUAUACCUCUGUAUACGUUCUGAGAUGCGUACAUGUAGGUAGGGCGAAAUGGUAUGAAGGCAUUAAUGGAUGCAAUAUUGCAUCAUAUAUGUAGUGUGUAGUUGUAAUCUUUAUAGA